AUGUCACAAGUGGAGAUCGACCCCAAAUUGCGGUACAAGCUCACAGGGAAAACGACCCUCAUCACUGGCGCCGCAGGAGGAAUCGGGGCAGCCAUAGUCCAACUAUUUGCGAAACACGGGGCAAACGUGGUGCUUACUGAUCUGGAACACAACAGGAAAGCUGCAGAAGCGUUGAUAGAAUUGCUUGGUGGCACGAGCAGAGCAGCAUUCAUCCCAGCAAACACAUUAAUUUGGGCGGAGAUGAAGAAUCUGUUCAAAGAAGUCAUACAAAGAUUUGGUCGGCUUGAUAUUGUUAUUGCGAAUGCCGGGCUCAUGGAAAGCAACCCAACCUUGGACAUGUCCUUAACGGACGAUCACGGUGACUUGGUAGAGGCAACCGAUGCUUCCAAAGUUAUUGAUGUGAACAUCAAGGGCACACUGAACACACUGAGACUUGGGCUGUUCCACUUGAAAGACAACCCUAUCGAGGACAAUCUAAUGGCACGUGGAUCAAUCGUCCUGGUAAGCUCAACGUCUGGCUACUUCGGGGCGUCUGGCGUGGCUGCAUAUGUAUCGUCCAAGCACGGCGUCACAGGACUCUUGCGAGCGUCGCAAGUCUGGGCCGAAAAGUAUGGCGUGCGAAUCAAUGGUGUUGCACCUUUCGUCACGCCCACUAAUAUGGCUGCAUUUCAUGAAAUUUGGGCGUCCAAAGGAUUGCCAUCGAAUACUCCAGAAGGUGUUGCAGCAGUGAUAGCACAGAUGGCGUUGGACCCUACAAGAAAAGGCCAGUGCUGUCUGACUUGCGGAUCCAUCCUAGUCGAAUUGGAGGCUAGUAGGAACGCCCUCCACACCUCCUGGGUGGGCAAAGAGGCAAGCGAGUUAAUGGCAACAGCAGGGAAGACUUUUCGGGAUAUUGGAGGCUAUCCUUUGCCACAGCUCUCGGCUCUCAGUAGGAUAUAG